ACCAUUCUCGUUAUGAAGCAUGCACAUAAGAGUCUGUAUUUUGCUGUGUUCGGCAUUAUACUGGCUGGAUACAGAACAGUGGUCAGUGGAUGCACUGUCAAUUACACAUUACCGGAGUUAGGGCGCGUCAACAGACCGCGACUUCCCAGGAUCACAGCGGAGUAUCUAUCGUCAGUGGGGCGUGUCCUGUACCCUCGGAUCACACACAUGGUGCGGAGAUACACCACCCGUAUCCCACCACCUACCGAUGACCUCAGCUCAACUGUUACCGAGGUCCAUUUUCCAGAACAGGGUGGUUUGAAUGCUGAAGGCUUGUCCGAGAUUUAUCACUCAAUGCGCAUGUUUUACGGAAUAUUACAUAACAUGGAGGUCAUUGAACACGACCUCCAUUACGCAUUAUAUACGUCAAAUAAUUUCAAGCCUCCUCUUCGUGUCCUAAAGAGAAUGAUGUUGACGCCUAUAAACCUACUCCAGGUGACGCUGUUUCAUCAUGAUGAUAUAGAGGAUUCAAUGUCGACUGUGUCUGUGAAUACUGUUUGUAAUUAUAGAAAUGUGUACAAUUUUGUGAGGAAAUCCAUUCGUGACCUAGAAACGAUGGAAAACUUUUUCAUGCAGAUGGCAUUAUUGCAGGUCUGA